AUGAUGCUGGGCGGUUUUCCGAUCACUUUUACCAGCGGCCGUAUGGAACGUGAACGAAAACCGAAAUGUGCACGUUGCCGUAAUCACGGGAUCGUCUCGUGGCUCAAAGGGCACAAACGUCAUUGUCGUUUCAAGGAAUGCGCAUGCGAGAAAUGCAAUCUAAUAGCUGAACGUCAACGAGUGAUGGCCGCACAGGUGGCGUUGAAACGGAAACAAGCAACCGAGGACGCAAUUGCACUCGGAUUACGAGUGGUUGCUGGUCAGGUUAUUGAGCGUCUCCCACAAGGUCCACUAUGGAACGCCAGUACCGAUGAGGACCAAGACAUUGAUGAUCAUGGAUGCGGUGGAGAUGUCCUGCAGACGAUUCCAGCACUUCGCCAAGUUGCGCAAUGCGAAACGAAGUCACCUUUCGGUCGACUCGGAGUGACCGGACAGUGUACGAAGGCCUCGUUCUCGAUGGAAUCUCUUCUUCAGAGACCGAUGUUCCCUUCAUAUCCAUGGGCAUCAUUCUUACCGUUGAUGUCAGCAGUGAGCCAGCAACGAAGCAACGACUCGCUGUCGCCUGAGAAUCCAUCUCUUAGCAGUGAA